AUGGAUGAAGAGACGAGCAGCACACAAGAUGGAAGCCGGGAGCCGAGUCGAGAUUUUCUCGAGGAGAUCAAUUUUCCGGAGCCGGGCAUUAUUAAUCUGCAGAUGAUCAAGUCCGCGUAUCUGGAGGAAGGACAACGUGGCGAAACACGGCGUUUACAUCAACUGCAACCUGUGGUGUUGGAACGAAUUAAAACACUGCGCCUCGAGUUCAAAAAUAUAUUGCGCAUAGAUCAUCUCUGGGUGCUGCCAAAUUUAACCAAGCUCUGUCUGAACUGUAACAAAAUAGAGGUAAUUGAGCACAUUGGAAUGCUUACCGCGCUCAAGGAACUCAAUCUGAGCUUUAAUUAUAUAACGAGAAUUGAGAAUUUGGAGACGCUCGUUAAUCUGGAGGUCCUAUCGUUGUUCAGCAAUCACAUUAAGAAGAUCGAAAACUUGGAGACACUCAACAAAUUAGUAAUUCUCAGCAUUGGCAACAAUAUGAUUGACAAAUUUGAUGGCAUUGAACGUUUGCGUUUUGUGAGCAGCUUAAAGGUUCUGAACCUUGAAGGGAAUCCCAUUGCCAAGCUGCCUGAUUUCCCGUUGUCGCAGUAUGUAACUGCUAUAUUACCGCAACUGAAUUACUAUGAAUAUGUUUUCAUCAAGGACGAAAUGCGGGAAGAGGCACAAAAGCGCUUCUAUCGCGAGCUGCGAGAGAUCGAAGGCAAGCAGGAAAGGGAGAUCCAGGCACGUGAAACCGAGGCACGCGAGCACGCCGAAGCCGAGCGCUUGGCAUCGAGUUUCGUGGAGCACCUUGAUGGCCAUCAAUUGUACGAAUCCAUGUGGCGGGGCGAUGAAGAUGGACGUGUGCUAAUGCUGAUUGGUCCACAGGCGCAGGAGCUUGCCGAGGAGUAUACCAAGGAUGUGCAUGAGCUCACCCAGGCCAUCUACAAACUGGGCUUGGCACGCUUUAGUGAGCGCGACGAGGAGGUCAAGGAUUUCUCGGGCAGCUUGCAGCAGGGACAGCAGCAGCUGCAAUCUCUCGGCCAGGAGCAGAUCGACGAGUUUCUGCAGUACAGAGACAAAUGCUUCGAGGAGGCUACGAUUACUUUGCGGCGCUUGGAAACGUGCGAGGAAAACUCCGAAGAACAUUUACAACUAUGCGAAGCCAUGGAUAAAAUCAACGAGCAAUUCGAAGAUACGCUGCAUGACAUGUGGCACAGUCUGAUGGCUCAGGAGCUGCAUCUGCACGAAGCGGUGGAGGAAUCGACGUUGAACUUUGAACGACGCAUCUCGCGCUUAAUGUCCCGGUUUGUGGAAGAAGCACAGGUCUUUUUCCUGCAGCUACGCGAUGUCUGUCAGCACUUCUCUCACAACAUGACCGACACUGUCUCCCGCUAUCUUUCCAACAAACUUGCGCAACAAGAUUUAGAGAGUGUGCCGAAAGAGCUGAGGAGGUGUAUCGACGAUCGAGAUGCUGUGCUUAAGCUGGUCGCUGAUAUGAAGGCUACGCAUGUGGCACGUGUGGAAGAACGUGAAGAUCGCAUGGUCAGCAGAAGCAAGGAGUUCAUCGACAGCUUAAUACGCAAACGCAGCACGGAGGAAAACGAACGACAUCGUGCGAAGAUCUUGGAGAUUAACUCGUUCAUGGAGAUGAUGACAAAGGCGCUGAGCAAUCUCCCCGAGGAAAUUCAUCAGGAGCUGCUGAAUUCGGAAGCGUAA